AUGGUGCGGCUCGAGAUCUGCGGCAUCCCCGUGGAGUUCCCGUUCCCGCCCUACGACUCGCAGCUCGUGUACAUGGAGAAGGUGCUGCUGGCGCUCACGUCCAAGCAGAACGCCAUCCUCGAGAGCCCCACAGGCACGGGCAAGACGCUGUGUCUGCUGUGCGCGACGUUGGCGUGGCGCCGGCAGCUGCAGAAGACGCUGGGCAAGAGCGCGAUGGCUACAUCAAGCGCAGCUCAACAACGUCCGGGAGCGUCGCUGGCCUACGAAGGCUACGGCAGCGACGGAGAGAGCGACGCGCCGCAGCUGCCCAGGAUUAUUUACUCGUCGCGCACGCACUCGCAGCUGAAGCAAGUGGUGCAGGAGCUCAAGAACACGUCGUACCGCCCCAACGUCGCGGUGCUGGGCUCCAGAGAGCACCUGUGUGUGAACGAGAAGGUGUCCAAGCUCCGAGGCACGAGGCAGAACCUCGCGUGUCGUUCUACCUGCAAAGACAGGAGGUGCAUGUACAAGCUCGGCUUUGAUGCGUACGCGAAGAGAUCGAAGAAGCAGGCGCAACCAAUUAUGGAUAUCGAAGAGUUGGUGACUACCAUGAAAGAGAAGACGAUUUGCCCGUUUUUCCUGACGCGGAAUAUGCUACCUGAAGCUGAGAUUAUUUUCGUGCCAUACAACUACCUGAUUGACCCGUUGGCUCGUCGCUCGAUUGGGAUAUCGAUUGAAAACUCGAUCUUGAUCUUCGAUGAGGCACACAAUGUGGAAUCGAUAGCUAGUGAAGCAGCUUCUUACGCGCUCUCAUCGAAUGACAUUUCUGGGUGCAUUUCUGAAGUUGACACCUUCAUCAGGGCUCUCCAAAAUAAUAGCGUUCAACUGCAAGCAGGCAGCAACCUAACGAUGGAGUCUACUCAAACGCUUCGAGCUCUCUUCAUGGAGAUUAACAAGGGUCUCAACGGAUUCCCGCUAUCUUCGAGUGGAGGGUUUACCAAGCCGGGGCAGUAUAUCUUUGAAUUCUUCGAGCAGUUUAACGUGAACUUCGAGACGUGUCCACUUGUUCUCAACAUGAUCGAAGAAAUCAUAGAAGUGGCGCAUGGCGGGGACGAUUCACAACGUGCUGCAUCUAAGCUCGAUACGAUGCUAUCAUUUUUGGGUACAAUCUUUCGAAGCAAAGAGCAACAUCUACAGGCAGCAAAAAACUAUAGAGUUCACAUCCAAGAAGUUCGAGAAAGACCUUCAAACGCAGGUCGCCUAUUUAAUGGUGGUCGGAACAAAAAGACGACCACCCGUGUCUUCAACUAUUGGUGCUUCCAUCCUGGAGUCGCUUUUCGUGAAAUCUGCGCCAACAACGUCCACAAUGUCAUCCUAACGAGUGGAACUCUUUCACCGCUGGAUACGACGGUCAAAGAACUUGGAAUUGACUUCCCAGUUCGCCUAGAAAACAAUCACGUUGUUGAUGCCGAUCAAGUUUGGGUGGGUGUGGUGGGCACUGGUGUGACUGGCAAACGAUUGAAUUCAAGCUACAACUUCCGGUCGACUGAAACGUAUUUGCUGGAACUGGGGAACACAAUCGUGAAUUUUACGCGUCUUGUCCCUCAUGGUUUGCUGGUGUUCUUUCCUUCCUACUCCAUUUUGGAAGAGAGUAUCGAUAAGUGGAAGCGGCCUGCCGCGGGUGAAUCGGCUCUAUCGAUAUGGGAUCGCAUCGUACAGCAGAAGCAAACAUUUGUGGAGCCACGGGGUCGAGCGGAUUUUAAAGCAGUGGUUGAUGAAUAUCAUCAAGCUAUCACAGACAAUCCCAAAGGGGCAGUUUUCUUUGCUGUGUGUCGAGGAAAGGUCAGUGAAGGAAUCGACUUCUCGAACGAUAAAGGACGUGCAGUGGUUAUCACUGGUUUGCCCUUUCCGCCGACAAAAGACCCGAAAAUCGUUCUGAAGAAAAGCAUACUAGAUGAAGCUAUGGUACCUCCUGGAGAGCUGAAACUUACUGGCAACGCGUGGUAUAUUCAACAAGCAUCGCGAGCUGUCAACCAGGCCAUUGGCCGUGUUAUUCGUCACCGUCACGAUUACGGAGCUAUCAUUUUACUGGACGAAAGGUUUGUGUUGAAGCAGCAGCAGGAGUGCUUAUCGAAAUGGCUGCAACCCUAUUGCCACACAUGCAGAGGCUACGGCGAAUCACAUAUCGGUUUGACACGAUUUUUCAAGAACAAUAAGGCAAGGGCAGUGCCCGAGUCAUCUGUCAAGAAGGUGUUACAGCAGCCCAAAUCCAUUGGAUUGUCUAAGAGAGCAUUAUCAAAAGCGCCCAAGGCAUCAUCUGACAGUGAUAGCGAGCCGAUUAGCCAGCAGCUGAGUGCGUCGGAGCUGUUGAGUUCUCUAACAGCAAUCGGGGAUGGCCAGUCGUAUGUAAACCCACAGCUACUUCGGCACGCACCUGAGCCUCCCGAGACGCCUGUUGCUCCUCAGAAGCGGUCGUUGGGCUCGCUACUGAUGUCGACAUCCAAGUCUUCCAUGGUCGACUCAACCUCGUCGAUUUCUCGUCCGUUUACGGCACCAAAAAUGCUGAGCGGAAGUGGCAGCGUUGAUAGCGCUAUCGUUGUCGAUGAUGAUGACGCACAGUCUUGGCAAAGUGCAAAGGAGCAGUUUGCAGCUAAAAAGGAAACUGGCACCUCCAGUGAGAAAGUUUUUGCCGCCGAAUUUCCUGCUGUUGCAAGAAAAGUGCUCCAGCCAGCCGAAGUCCCGAAGCUAUAUGGCUUGGUGCGGCAGCUUCACUCCGGAGAAGAUGUCGAUGCGGCUUUGAGUGGAAUCUGCGAUCUCCUUCGCGAUCCAGCUUGCAGGGAGCUAUUGGACUUGAUGCCGAAGGUGUUGAAUGGGCCUAUGUGCGACCGAUUUAUCGACGCAGCCAAGAACCGUGGCCUCAGUAUUGAGGCAGUUGGCAACGCGCAAAAGAGUUCUGCUCAAGGACGGUCUUCGGAUAUGUCUACGUUUUUCGAACGACUUCAGCAAAAGCGAAGGAAGACCCAGUAUGGGCAUAUUCCGACGGCAGCAAUUGUCAAGGAUCCACAGUGUGUGGUGUGCUAUGAUAUCACACGCAAGGCGUUUGCCUCACCACAGUGCGGCCACAUUUGCUGUCACCCGUGUUGGAAAAAGAUGGAGAAGGAUGGAUUCACUUCCUGUCCAGUGUGCAAGGUCCCAAUCAAGCUAGAGCAACUCAGUUUGAUUCGAGCAGCGAAAGAUUCGUCAGGGCGACAUGGAAGGGGGUAG